AUGCAGCUCAAAUUCUUCGACAUAAAAUUCAACAUUAAUUUUGAUGAACUACCAGUAGAACAUUGUAAAGCUUUAUGUGAUUCUUUACUUGAUCAUUUAUCUCGAAUAGAACUCACUCGUAAUACAACAGUGCGUGUUCAAUUAGCUGUUGCAACGGCUGAUUUAGCUCUUCAAUAUGUUGGUUGGGAAAAACCAGUUGAAGAUGUUGUUGAAAAAUUAAAAACAUCGAGUGAACAUAUGUUAACAUUACUCGAAUUUCUAACUGCACUACCUGAAGAACUCAAUACAUCAACAAUAAGAAUCGGAGAAAAUCGUCGUCAAUAUUGUCGAGAAAAAUAUUCGAAUUGUGGAAAACAAAUUCAUGAAAUAUUAAUAUUUCUUCUACAAGUUAAUCCUUCACAUAAUGAAUUAUUAUUUAUUGAUAUUCUUAAAUAUAUUCUUAAAUCAACAAAUUGUUCAAAUGAACUUCAUAAGAGUCCAUAUGAUUGUUUAUGUGAUAUAUUCGAAUUAUGUGAGAGUUAUCAAAAACAUUGGUCAUUUGCAGUUUAUUUAAAACAACAAAUCACUCAAUAUUUAUGUCAACCUUAUUCUCAAGCUGUAAUAGAUGAAAAUCUUGAUAAAGCACAAGAUUAUACAAGAAUCUAUACAAAUUUAAUUGAAUCAAUUCUUGAAUGUCUUGUUGAUGGACGUCAGUUGGAUUUAAGUGAUUUAUCAUGUCUUCAUUUAUUACUUUAUCCAUUAGAACAUAGCGAUUAUGAAGUUGUUCAAUCAACAUUGUAUACAUGGUAUCAUCUAGGAGAAUUAAUUCAAACAAAUAAUGAAUUUAUUAUUGAUAAAGUAAAAUCUUAUAUGGAUAAAUUAGUUGAUGUAUUAUGUACACAAUGUAAACUUGAUCCUGAUCAUUUGGGUAUUCCACCAGAAACAGAUGAAAAAAGUUCAAAAAAUAAUGGAACAUCAAAUAGUGAUUUAAGUGAAUUUCGUUAUCGUGUUCAAUGUUUUAUUGAAGAUACAAUUUAUAUAACAGGUUCUUUGAAUUGUUUUCAAUGUUUAAGUAGUUUUUCUUUUCUUUUAUUUCAAAAGAAUUUAUUUUUUAUUUAUUUCAAAAAGAUGUUUGAUAAAUUACAAUCAUCAUCAUCUUUAUCAUGGGAAGAGAAAAUGAAGCGCCAUUUUCCUAAUGUAAUACAAGCUAUUAUAUCAACACCAAUACAAACUGGUAUUGUUCAUACAGCAAUUAAAUAUACAGGUGUUAGACUUAUUUCACAACUUGAAAAUUGGAUUGCAAAAAAUGAUCAACAAAUUUUAAAAUCUAUUAUUCAAUAUCUUCUUUCAUUACUUGUUGAUAAAGAAUUACGUCACAUAUCAGCCGAUACAAUAUUAAUUAUUUCUCAGCAAGGUCGAAAACAACUACUUAAUGAUCUUGAUCAAAUAAUACAAGCUACGCUGUGGUUAGAUCUUAUUGAUAAUGGAAGUGAUGCAGCUCAAUGUCUUCUUAAAGCUUUAUCGAAAAUAAUUUCUCGUUUGACAUCAAUUGAUGAUAUUCAUCGGUAUUUAAAAUUACUUUUCGAUCAACAAAUUCAAUCAAUAACUCAGAUUCUUUCUACUCAAUCUGAUACAAAUUAUAGUUCAAUAACAAAACGACUUGAUUGUUUGACAGCAAUAUUCAAAAGUCUUGAUUUCAAAACAACACAUGAAGAAAUACAUCCAUGCAUAACUAUUGUUCAACAGUUCCUACCAUUACUCAAUUUAAUCAUUGUUCGAUAUCGUUCAUUGGGAAAACUUAGUGAAUGUUGGUCAUGUACAAUUCGUUUCAUAAUACGUUCAAUGCGUUCUCAUGCUAAAAUAUUUUUUCAACCAAUUGUCGAACUUGUUAUUUCAAGUUAUGAUGAUGUUCCACAUUCAUGUUUUCUUUAUUUAAUAUCAAUUAUUAUUGAUGAAUAUGGAAAUGAUCAAGAUUUAAAAUCAUCGAUUAUUGUUAUGAGUGAACAUUUAACAACUAAAACUUUUUCAAUUCUUAAUAAACCAGAUGGUUUUAAAGAAAAUUCUGAUCUUGUUGAUUUUUAUCGUUUAUCAUCGAGAUUACUUCAACGAUGUCCACUUGAAUAUCGGAAAUCCAGUGUAAUUCAACCAAUAAUUGAACAAAUAAUUCCCAAUUAUCACUUAGAACAUCGAGACGCAAAAAUCAAAAAUAAAUCUGAAUUAUCUGAAAUUCGUUCAUUGUCAAUGUCAUUGUGUGAAACAUAUAUUUCUAAUCUUUUAACAGCAUUAAUUCGUGCUAUUGUUAUUUCUCAUGUUCCAUCAUCAAUUCGUUCAUCAAUAUCAGAAUUUGUUUGUGAAAUUAAAAUUUAUAUGUCCGAUAAAUUUCCGCAAUGGUUACAAAAAUCAUUAACAGAAAUACCACGGACAAGUAAAAAUGGUUUAGUAGAAAUUGUUACUUCAAAACAACAUGAACAGUUUUAUAAAGCUCUAUGCGAAAGCGAUACUCAAUCAUCAACAAUUGAUUAUGAACUUGAAACAUUUGCAAAAUUGUAUCGAUGA